UUUGGGCCAGUUGUGGUGGUUGUUUGUUUUUGUUUUAUAUAUUUUUUGUAAUUUGUUCACAUAAUAUUAAAAUGACGAAGUGGUGGAAUUGGAUUCUUGGGAUUGCGAUUGUGUGUUUGAUGCUGUUAGUAAUACCACUAACGUAUACUGGUAGUAAAAGCAAAGAAGAAUUACGUCCACUGUUUGAUGAAUAUGUAGAAAAGUUUAACAAAAGUUAUAAAAACAAUGAUACCGAAUAUGAAAUGAGAUUUGAACACUUUGUUGCUUCAGUGAGAGAAAUAGAUGCACUAAAUGCAGCAUCAAGAGGACCAGAAGAAUGCAGAGCAAAGUACGGUCUGACACACAUUUCGGAUUUGUCAAAAGAAGAGUUUGCUGAAAUACACCUGUCUGAUGAACAACCACACAGAAGAUGGCAUGAGAAUACAGAACACCAUAGAUCCUCUGAAGAUGACGGCCCUCACAACAAUAUCUAUAUUAUUAUUAGAAGGAAAAGAGCCACUAUGCCGCUGAAAGUUGAUUGGAGGGAAAAGGGUCUGGUUGGUCCAGUGAAGGAUCAGGGCUUGUGUGGCGCAUGCUGGGCGUUCAGUACAAUAGGGGCCAUGGAAACCAUGGCCGGAAUCAAGAGUGGGACCCUGAAAUCUCUGAGUGUCCAGGAAGUGAUAGACUGCGCAGGUUUGGGUAACGUGGGAUGCUCUGGCGGCGACAUCUGUCUGCUUCUUGACUGGCUGCUGAUGACCAACACGGCGGUGCAGACAGAGUCGGAGUACCCGCUCAAGUUGGCCAACGGAGUGUGCGCGGCGAAAAAGAACGCGACCGGCGUCCGGGUGGCCAAGUUUACCUGCGACGAUUUGGUCGGAGCAGAGGCGAAGAUUCUGGAAACUAUAGCGACACACGGACCCGUGGCAGUUGCUGUCAACGCGCUCACGUGGCAGAACUAUCUCGGAGGCAUCAUCCAGUACCACUGCAGCGGUGCACCAAUUGACCUGAACCAUGCAGUAGAGCUGGUAGGUUAUGACUUGACUGGGGAGGUCCCGUACUACAUCGCAAAGAACUCGUGGGGCAAAGGAUUCGGUAUAGACGGUUACAUCAAUCUUGCGAUUGGCACUAACAUAUGUGGCUUGGCGAAUGAGGUGGCCUCUGUUGAUGUUAUCGUAUAGGGCACGAAUAAAACAGAAGAGGCUGACGAUACGGCCAAUCAUAGAUAAUUUAUACGUCUAGAUGGAGUCUCUUGCCGUUAGACAACCGAUAAAAACAGCCCAGCUUUAAUACUUUAGUGUGCGUGACGCGCUCCGUCGUACAAUCGCGAUUUGUAUGAAACUUUUAAGUUAGUGUGCGUGCACGGUGCAUUGCUCAAAAUUGAGGUUAAUUCUAAACUCAAUUUUGUUCGAUGUUUUCACAGCUGUCUAACGGCCAUUACCAAUAUUCAUCUCUUACUUGUGAUAAAAAUCGUAAAUGUCGUUGAAUUUUCUGCUUCUCCGUACACGCUGUCUGUCAAUGGUACGACGUAUAUCUCACCAGCGAUAGAAGUUUAUAUGGAAAUUGCAAUUCACGCGUCCCAAUAUAAGGCGAUAAGAAUGACUUAUCGAGUGUAUUGGGACAGCUUCAGAUUAUUGACAGCUAAUUACUGACAGUAGAAUGUAGCAAUUGAUCUGUAUCUGUACGUAUAAAUGAUCUAAAGCGGCCAAUGUUGGGGGCUCAAAAGGUGGUAGGUACAGUAAAUAAAUCUACCAAAAACUACCAAAUAUAAUAGUCUUUGGCUAGUGCCUGCACAUUGAAAAUAAUGAUUUUUGCUUCCAAAUCAUGUAAGUAGUAAGUAUUGUACUGUUAUUUUCGUACUAAUAGUAUACUACAGUUGGUUCCAAAAUUAUCACGGAGAAAAAUCUUUUUUUUUGACAUAGAUAACUUUUAUUUUAUAAAGAUUUCCAUCUACAAAUAUUUGAGUUUAUUGGCGAUUCCUUGGUGCUCAGAUGAUGUUGGAUUGGUAUUUAUAAAGUAUGUAAGUUUUUAAGGAAAUCCUUUUAAAUAAAAUAUUAUUAUCUCGUAAAUAAGGCAGCCUCUGUUAUGUCAGUACUAAAGUAAUUUGAUAAUGUAGAAUCGGUCUAUGCUGCGUAAAUACAAAAAUUCCCACCAUUAUUGUAUUUUUGAAGCUCUCUUUUCGAUCAAUGUACCUAUAAAUUAUGUACAUUACUGAGAUUACUUAACUUAUAAAAAUAUUUUAGAAUUAUAUUAAUCCUACCAAAUGGUAGGAAUUAGUGAAAUGUAUAGAGAAGUCUUGAAAAUGUUGCUACCUGAUAAAAUUUGGCAGCUUGGUAUAUGUUGUGAUUUAAGGAAAUAAUUGGCAAUAUUUUUUUUGAAAUUUUAUGUAUUUAGUAAUCAUUGUUAAUAAUCGUGUUAUCUCGAAUUUGAAUGUGCCUUGAUUUACACCUAUAAGAUUAUUUUUGUAAUUUUAAUGUAAUGAAAUGAAAAAAGCGAUUCACUCGAGUGUAUGAAACGUGCAGCCAUUGAUAGAUUGACAGAUGACGGCUAUAAUCUUGUAAAAAACGGAGACAGCCGAAAUCCACUGCGUUUUAUGCAACUGUUCGCUUUCAAACUUAGCCGGAUUAUACUUCGUCGCCAUUCGCCGUACUGUAAUUACGAAUAUUUCAAAGUUUGUCAAAUCACUGCACGUUUCUUACUAAACUAGAUUUUAAUUUUUACUCAGGCAGUACCGCCUCUUAUUAUGGAGUAUUUACAUCCUCUUUGAAAUGUUAAAUGUUAUGUAUUCGGUAAUUAUUGUUAAUUAUCGUGUUUUAUCUCGAAUUUGAAUGUGCCUUGAUUUAGACAUCUAAGAUAAUUUUUUUAAUAUUAUACUAACCUAACCUAACUUUAACUUUUUUUUUCAUUUAUUUCAAAAUGCUACAAUGUCGACAUUAAAUAAACACACGGGUAGGAUUACUUAACCGUAAUCAUAAAUGUCAACGCCAGAUUUCCUAUCGUCGGCUGGAUUAAAUUAAAUUUUAUUAUUAUAUCGAGCCAUACACCUAAACCUAUCAAACAAUUACUCUAAUGUUACUCCAUUUACCUACUCUGUCAAUCAUACUUCAUCUAUCUGUCAAAUACAACAUUCAUUCAUUCACUCUUCUAUUUCAACUACUUGCACACGACACCUCAACUACACAAGAACUAUUUUAUCUAAUCCUGUAACGAAAUAUACAUCUUUAAGAAGAUAUCAAUCUUUCUUUUGUUCAUCGCGAACAAUAUAAAAUAUUAAUAAAACACACACAUUACCCACCGAUAUAAAUAAAUUUUCCAUAAUAUCAUUUCGGAGCAAACUGUAAGAAAUCUAGUGGCCGCGCGCUAGUGUAAGCACUGUCACCAUGCUUCGUACCGUCUUAUGCCACGCAAGGGUGAUUAAAAUUUUGUUUCUUAUAUAUUUUCAAAUUUGUUUGUUUGGAAAUUUGAUAAUUUAAUUAAUAAACUUUUAAUUUUAGAAUAAUUUUUAGCUCUACCCGUGUGUUCAUUUAAUUUCGCCAUUAUAUCGCCACGCUGGAUAAAAAUUAAAAACAUGCAUUAGCUAGAAAAUCGCAAUAGUAAGUUCCUUUCCAUUUUUUUUAUUUUUUCUUCGAUACUUUUAGAAUACUUUGUAUUCAUACACAGGCAUAUUUUUAUUAAUAUACUAGCGGAACCGACAGACGUUGUCAUGUACACAUGUGUUAAAUUUGAGAAAUCGGUCCAGGCGUAAGGAUAUAUCACUAACAUACGCAGGGGAAUAAACACACGUACAGAAGAAUUAUAUAUAUAUAAAUAAAGAUAAUCAUAGACAAGCCACAGUGAAAGAUUUCCGGCGUAAUCUCGUUUCAUAUAAAGUACUCAGAGAGUAUAUAUAAAAAUGAAUUGCUGUUCGUUAGUCUCGCUAAAACUCAAGAACGGCUGGACCGAUUUGGCUAGUUUUGGUCUUGAAUUAUUUGUGGAAGUCCAGAGAAGGUUUAAAAGGUGAAUAAAUAUGAAAGUGUUCGGUAUUAAAUAAAAACAACAAUUUUGUUUUUCCUUUCAUGUGUCCUCCUUCGUCCGAUAUUUGUUUUGUAUGGACAUAUUUUCUAUAAGAGAAUUUAUUGACGCACGGUUUGACAGUUCUGCUGCGAAACAAUUUCAUUACGACAGCAGGGUGCAUAUUUUAUGAAAUAAUUCUUGAUGAUAUGAAAUAUUAUUGACAAAUUAAUAAAAUACAUUAUUUUAUUUAUUAUAUACAGAACAACGUCUGUCGGGUCAACUAUUUACUAAUAAAUAAAACCUUGAAUCAAUUUGCAGAUAUUUUUAACGAAUUCAUAUUUAAUUUGUUUUUUUCAUUAUUAUCAAUUAUCGUUGUUAGUAUAUUACAUAUAUACCUAGGAGUAAGUAUACUAACAGCCGUUUUCAAUAACCAAUCUAUCCCUAUAUUAACUUACUAGAGGUAUACAAAUCUAUCCUUUUACGCUUACUUACAUUUCAAUAACCUUUCGACAUAAAGCAUUGGACUAUAUUGGACAUAACUAUAGAAAGAUAAGAUCUUGUCAUUAAACGGUGACAUUAACGGAGCAAUGUAUCCGUAACUAGAGAUACGUUAUUGAGAAUGGCCGUAGAUAAGUUUUUAAGAGUCUCGUAUCUAAAUACUAAUUUACCUUAAGCACAGUAGACAUAUGUACCAGUACGGAAACUCCCUACAAACGUUCGAAAUGACACUCGUACAAACAUGCGCAUCGACGAGGCCUCUAAGCAGUUUUCGCGGUCAAAGUGACUCGAGUGUCACGUUGUUAUUUGUUUCCGCGAUCUUUUUAAAAAUGCCAGCGUAUUGCGUGGUAUACGGCUAUUUGAACUCGGCUCCAUCAAAACAAAUAUUUUUACUCAAAAUAGGAUUUAAAAUCACUUAUUGAACGUCAAAAACUACGAUUAGAUCGAUUAUUAUAAAUUCGUGAACAUAAAUUAUUCACAAUUUACACUAAGAUGGCGGCUGCAAUAUUUAUUAUAAUUUUUUUUAUGAGUGUGGUUUAGUGGUUUUCUAGGAUGUUUUUUAUAUUUAUUUAUUUUGGACAAAAAUAUUUACCUACAUGUGUUUUGUCAUGGUUUUCGCGAGUGUUGAAACCAAUAUCAACUAGUGCUGCCAAAAUGAAAAUUUAAGAUGGCGGCUGCAAAAAGUUAUCAAGUUUUUUGUCACGCGUGUCGUUUUCAUGGUUUUCGAGGGUGCUGAAAUAGAUAUUGAACAAAUAGAUAGUGCUGUCAAAUGUUAAUCCAAGAUGGCGGCCGCAUGAAAUUGAAAAUUUUUUCGCCAUGGGUGUUAUUUUCAUAGUUUUUGAGGAUGUUGAAACUGAUAGUGCUGUCAAAAUGUAAAUCCAAGUUGGAGCUACAUGAAAUUAUCAACUUUUUUAUCAUGGGUGUUGUUUUAAUGACUCUCGAGGGUAUUGAAGCCGAUAAUGCUGGACUUAAAAGAAACGAAGACUGAAAUAAAAUUAUGUGUCACCGACACUCCCGAAAAUAUCAAAAAUGAUACCCAUAUUCAUUUUAUUGAAAAUGUCACAUCCGCCAUCUUGGAUCUUGAAAUGGGUGUCAUAUUUGUAAUUCCGCUCCCGAAAAUCUCGACACUCCUGAAAAUCUCGAAAAAUCCCAAUUUGAUUUUAUUGUAAAAGUCACAUCCGCCAUCUCGGAUACUCACGAAAACAAUAAUUGCCCCGUCUAGACAUGUUCGUGGGGACGAGUUUCUUAAGACUGUGGUAAAAGUGAAACUUCAACGGACAAAGUUUAAAAAUGCAUAUUUCAAAGCUUCCCGGUCAGUUAAAAAAAACAUUCACAAAAAAAAAAUUCCAAAAAAACAUUCAAAAAAAUGUUGUUUAAAAACAUUACAUAACAGUCAUCACGUAGACUAUAAUAUUGCAUUAAACACUGUAUAGCUAUCAUACAUACACUAUACAUAAAAAUCGUACGCUUUUUACUUUUUUACGCUCUGCAACGCUCCAUAAGGAACUUCGUUCCAAAACUGCUUUUUUAAAGUCGGUUAGAAAAAUAACCUGACAACCCUAUUGAUUCAAUAGAGUGUUCGCACAUAUAGGUAAGUAUUUUAUCAACAAGGCUUAGUUUCCGUACUCAUACAUAGUAUGUCUACUGUGCUUUAAGUAAAAGAGUCACUCAACUGACUUCAACUGUCACUUAACGUUAUAAAUAUAAGUUUAAAAAAUUCUCAUUUAAAUGUGCCUUUUAAUGUGAUAAGUCAAUUAUUCUUGCCAGUAAAUAGAUAAAGGGUGAUAAAUUCUGUAUUAUCUUAAAUGCGUGGAUCUUAUAAUUAUUGUUACUUGUAAGUUUCAUGAUUUCACAUUCCCUUAGCUUUAAUAUAUUUUGCUAAUAUUAAGUUCUAUUAUUAGUUUUAGAAAUUGGCAAUAAUUAUUUUUUUCUCAGAUGUAUUUUAUGUAUUUUUAUAUACAGUUUUUUUUUUGAAGACGUUGUAAGAGGUUUUUUUUUCUCUGGGCGUGGAGAAAGUAUUUAACUAGGUAUAUCUUUUUGUAAUUUUAUAAAUAAAUGUUUCAAAUUUUA